AUGGAUACUCUAUUUUUACAAGGAGAAUCAUCUAGUGCUUCUUUACACUUUUCUUAUGAUGUCUUUCUGAGUUUUAGAGGUGAAGAUACUCGAAAAACCUUCACCGGUCAUCUUUAUUCCAGAUUGUGUCAAGUCGGAAUUAAUACCUUCAUAGACGAUGAGGAAUUGAGAAAGGGCGAGGUGAUUUCAAUGGAACUUGAGAAGGCCAUUGAAGUUUCUAGAGUAUCCAUUGUUGUUUUCUCGAAAAACUAUGCAUCGUCUAGUUGGUGUCUUGAUGAACUUGUCAAAAUUCUCGAAUGCAGACACAAGUUAAAGCAGUUAGUUUUGCCUGUUUUCUAUGACGUUCACCCUUCUCAAGUGCGCAAGCAAACUGGAUGCUUCGGCGAAGCAUUGGUCGCGCUGAAGGAACGAUCAUUUGGAGUUCAGAGAAUGGACAAAUGGACAGAUGCACUUACUGAAGCUGCAAAUUUAUCUGGAUGGGAUUUGCAAAAUGUUGCUGACGGGCAUGAAUCAAAAUUUAUUGAAAGUAUUGUAAAACAAGUCUUACAAGAGGUCAACCAGACACCUCUAGAUGUUGCUUGGCACCCUGUUGGACUAGAUUCUCGUGUCGAAGAUAUAGAGUUGUUACUUCAAAGUGUAUCUGUAGAUAUAGAAGUUUGCAUGGUUGGUAUAUAUGGCGUUGGCGGAAUAGGGAAAACAACUCUGGCAAAAGCUAUCUACAAUCAAAUAUUUCGACAGUUUGAUAGUUGUUGCUUCCUUUCAGACGUUAGAUCUGAAGCUGAAGCGUUCGGUCUAGUCAAGUUACAAGAAAAACUACUAAAUCAAAUUCUCAAAACUAAGGACGUCAAAGUUAGCAGUGUUGCUGAAGGCAUCAAUCUAAUCAAAGCAAGACUUGGGUCGAAGAAGGUUCUGAUUAUUCUUGAUGACGUGGAUCAUAUGAGACAAUUAGAAUCCUUAACAAGAGAGAGAAGUUGGUUUGGCUUUGGCAGUUUAAUAGUUAUUACAACCCGAGACAAGCAUUUGCUAUGUCAGCUUAGAGAAACUGAGAGAUAUAAGGCCAAACUUUUAAAUUACGAUGAAGCUCAACAACUUUUUUACUGUCAUGCUUUUAACACUCUUUCCCCACCAAAAGAAUAUGUUGAUCUGUCACAAGAAGUAAUCAAAUAUUCAGGUGGUCUACCAUUAGCUCUUGUGACAUUGGGGUCACAUUUGCAAGGGAGAUCCGUAGAAGAAUGGAGAUACGAGUUCAAAAAACUAAGAGCAAGUCCUCAUUGUGAUAUUCAAAGGAUUCUAAAGAUAAGCUUCGAUGGACUUGAUUGUGAUACUCAGAGUGUUUUCCUUGAUAUCGCAUGCGCCUUCCAUGGAUUUUUCGAGGAUGAAGUUACCAAAACAUUAAAUGCAUGUGGUUUUCAUUCUGAAAGUGCAAUUUCAACGUUAGUCCAAAGGAACUUGCUCCAAAGGGAUUGGCGUUAUCUUGUGAUGCAUGAUCUAGUGAGGGAUAUGGGAAGAGAAAUCGUUCGCAUGGAAUCACCUCGAGACUUUGGAAAACGGAGUAGAUUGUUCAAACCUCAAGAAGUCCGCGAUGUUCUACAAGGAAAUAAAUUCGUCUUGCUCAAUGAAAUUAGGCAUGAGAUACACUUUUUCUUUUUACUGAAACUACAGGGUACCGAAAAGGUAGAAGUACUGAUGGUAGACCCGGGGGCAUUAAAGGACGCGAACCUGAGCACCAAGACAUUUAAGAAAAUGAAAAAUCUGAGGGUGCUUAAAAUCGAUGAAUUACAUAUUAAUGGAGAUUUCGAGCUUCUGUCGAAGGAGCUCAGAUGGUUGUCUUGGCAAAAAUGUCCUUUAAAAUGCAUACCAUCACAUUUUCCAGCGGAGAAACUUGUAAUUCUAAAAAUGCAAGGGAGUAAUAUCCAAGAAUUUGGUGUGAAUUUGCAGUGUUUUAAAAGUUUGAAGAAGCUGGAUCUCUCUGAUAGCAAGCGCCUCCUUACGAAUCUUCCAAGCAGCAUAUGCCAUCUCAAAUCCCUUCGAUCCGUAGGCAUUCGUUGGUGUUCAUCAUUACAAACAUUGCCAGUUGACGUUGGAAAAAUGCAAGAUCUUACAUCUCUUCUUGCAAGUAAUACAGGUAUGGUACAUUUGCCUGAAUCAGUAGAAAUGCUAAGAGGUCUCGUAACUUUGGAAUUGGGAAGUCGAAAUGUAGAGGCCAAAAGGAGUACCAUUUCUCGAAAAAGAGUUCAUCGCGUGGAAUCAUUGUCAACUUCUAUUUCGUCUUUAAUCCUUACAUAUUGUGGUUUCUCCGAGGGUGAUAUUCCUAGGGAUAUCGGAAGUUUGUCCUCCUUGAUAUAUCUAAAUUUGAGUGGCAACAGUUUCCGCUGUCUACCUUUUGAUUUUUCUAAGUUACGAUUGAUUGAAUAUUUGUGUUUGAAUGACUGCGAGAAUCUUCAAACACUUCCAUCAGUAUCAAAUUUAGAAAGAUUUUGGACUUUUGAAAUCGCAAAUUGCAAGAAGUUGGUUGACGUUACAGGGAUGGACAACCUCCCUUCUAUCGAGCGGAUCAACAUGGUUAAUUGUACUUCUCUACGGAAUCCAUUCGACGAAGGCUUCUUUAGUGCACCUACUCUACCAUUUCAAUGUAGAAAACAUCCAAAUCCGGGGUUGGAAAUUUAUCUCCAAAGCAAUGAGAUCCCGGAUUUCUGCAGCAAUCAAGCAGAACGCCUUCAAGAUGUUACCAUUGGCGUUAUGAUUAUGAAAGACAUGCUAGACGCGCAGAAAUAUCAUGUGUACUUUACAGAUCUUACUUGCAAGAACCUUUUUAUGGACAGAUUAUGGAAGGGGGAGAAGAGAUACAAAUCGCCGAGUUUGGUGAAGAAUGUACAAUAA